UUGACAGAUGACAGAGUGCCAAGUACAUCAAUUGAAUUGAAUUGUACUUCAAGUUUUGUUGAGGCAGUGAACGCUUACCGCUUUAUUAAAUUUUAAUUUGGAAGCAUGGCCCCAGCAGCAACAGUAGCCAAGCCAUCCCCGGCUUAUGACGCUAUCGGCAUAAGAGCAGUGUUGUUAGGUCCCCCGGGCUCAGGGAAGGGCACCCAAGCACCACGUCUUAAGGAAAAGUUUUGUGUAUGCCACCUUUCAACUGGAGAUAUGCUGCGGGCCGAAGUGGCAUCCGGUUCGGAGUUAGGCCGCCGUCUCAAGAAAGUCAUGGAUGAUGGCAAACUUGUCUCUGAUGAGAUGGUUGUGGAUAUGAUUGACAAGAACUUGGAUCUACCAGAGUGUAAAAACGGUUUCCUGCUGGAUGGGUUUCCGAGGACAGUGCCACAGGCUGAAAAGCUGGAUGAUUUACUAGCAAAAAGGAAAACUGCCCUUGAUGCUGUCAUUGAAUUCAACAUUGAGGACAGCUUGCUAGUUCGGAGGAUUACCGGAAGAUUGAUCCACCCUCCUAGCGGGCGCAGCUACCAUGAGGAAUUCCAUCCUCCCCAGAAGCCAAUGACUGAUGAUGUCACCGGAGAACCACUGAUCAAGCGAUCAGAUGACAAUGUUGAUGCUCUCAAGAAACGUCUUGCUACAUAUCAUAACCAAACUGUACCUCUUGUUGACUAUUACAUGAGAAAAGGAUUGCAUUACCGAGUAGAUGCGGCGAAAAAAGCUGAUGAUGUCUUCAGCAGAAUCGAUAAUAUCUUCAAAAAUAGGAUCUUUGCUAGAGAAAGGUCAGCGUGAUAAAGUCUGAAAUGGUAGAAUACUGGAAUGCCACUCAAUAUUUAAGUACAACUCAGUUAUUAAGGGGAAAGUUAGCUUUUCAUGUAACAACAUUGUUGUUACAAUCUAUUGUUUUAAGUUAAAAUUGUGAAUCUACAGUAUUGUUGUGUGGGAUGGAUAGCAGUUUCUAGUAUCCAUCCUACACAACAAUACUGUAGAUGCAACAUUUACAGAGUAAAUUGUACCUACUUUAGAGUGUGGGCCAUAAUGGAUAUUAACAAUUUUCAAUCUACUAUUAGUCUAGUGGAUAACAUGUCCACUAAUCACAUUUUCUUAGGUUCAACUCCUAGAUUGGGCCAUGAACUGUUUGUGUUUUUCUACAAGUGCUCUAUAUGGAAAAUUAUUGGAGUUACAAGAAUGGAGAUAGCAUGUUAAGACAUCUGUACCAGUUAUUAUCCCUAACAUACUGUUAAGAGUACCUCAACCUGCAUUAGAGCAACAAGGUGGUUCAUUGCUUUUAAUGCCUCUCUCCUACAAGGAAGGUCUGCACCCAGCAGUGGGACUUUAAAAGUCUGGGUUUUUGUGUGAUAGUAAUUGUUCCAAUGUAGGAAAUACAGUCAUAUAUUAUGUAUCCUUUAAAAUAUAAGGUGUGUUUAUAUUGAUGCAAUUUCAGUAUUCAGUGCUAAGCAAAAGUGAUUUUAUAAAACUACAUAGUUACAUUUUUUUUAUAUCAGUAGAUUACUGUCUACUAUACACUUUACUAUAUCUAUUAUAUGUAAUAAUAUUUUGGGAGAAAAUGCUGUAAUAGUUCAGUCUAUUUUGAUGACUAUUUUUUUGGAUAAAUACAGCAACUAAUCAUGGAAA